GCAAUUCAAGUACUGAAUCGUCAAAACUGUCAGUUCGGUUUUUGUUGUUUAUUGUUCAGUUUACGGAAUAUAAAAGAGAAUGGAUACUUACGAAAGUGUUAUACUCGUAAAACACGAAGUAUUCGUCUUUAAUAUACCGCCAAGGACGUCUAAUCGUGGCUACAGAGCGGCCGAUUGGAAUUUAGCCGAACCAACAUGGACAGGUCGAUUACGACUAAUCGCUAAAGGUGAAGAGUGUUAUAUUAAAUUGGAAGAUAAAAACAGUGGAGAAUUGUAUGCUAGAUGUCCCAUUGAUACAUAUCCCGGGGUCGCUAUCGAAUCUGUUAGUGAUUCAUCCAGAUACUUUGUUUUAAGAGUUCAAGAUGAUAGCGGUCGAUCUGCGUUUAUUGGGAUAGGAUUUGGGGAUAGAUCUGAUUCUUUUGAUCUCAAUGUAGCUUUACAAGAUCAUUUCAAAUGGAAAAAAAAGGAGCAGCAAAUUUCUUCAGAACCAACCCAACCAGAGCUGGAUCUUAGAUUUAAAGAGGGUGAAACUAUUAAAAUUAAUAUGAAAAUUACUAAGAAAGAUGGGUCAGAUUCGACAACUAAUAAAUCAAAAACAAGAACCACCGGUGGUUUAGGUUUACUUCCACCUCCACCUGGAGGAAGUCGAUUACCAGCACCACCGGGAAGUUCGCCAGCAGGUUCUCCAGCUCAUGUACCCAAACCGGAAGCUGUAGCUGAAUCAUGGGGCGAUUUUACAUCAGCACCUUCAAAUGUGCCUAAUCAAUCUUCACCAUCGAACGCCAAUUGGGUACAAUUUUAGGAAGUCUCACCAACAGUAUAGAUAAUGGUUAAGAUAUAUAUCAUUGUUCAACAAACGAAAGAAAAACUUAAUAUCUAAGCAUAAAGUUUUAGCAUAUAUUAUACACAAUAUUAUAUUUAAAAAAACAUUCAAGAUUAAUUGUUAUGUUUAAAUUAAUAAAGAAAACACAAAAAAAAUGAAUAUUAAAAUACAAUAAUACAAAUUUAAUAUAAUAAUCUAAUAAAAAAAAGAAAAUUGAGGACAUUGUGAUCAUGUUGCAAUAAAGAAAGAGGAUCAGACACUAUUAACCAGUGAUUUCAGGUCGACUCAGUAGUUUUAGGUUUUUGCCAUUAUAGAAAAAACAAGCAAUUGUAAUAGAUAACCUGGCGUUCUUUCGACUGUUCUAUUUGUUAUUCGUUGAUGUAUUAUAAAAGCAUGGAAAGUUCCCUUGAUAUCUGCUGACCAGAUUUAAAAUGAGAUUUUUAAGCUUGUUGUCUUACAUAUUUUCGAUAUGAAUAUAAAUAAACAUUCCGUAUAUUAUAUGUUA